GAGAGAGACGUGACCAUCGUGGAUCCACUGGGGAGCCUCAACAACAACAUCAUGAAGCUGACGAGGCAGAGAAGAAUCUCUCCACAUCAGAACAUCUCAAGCGGAAACCCACAGGGAAGAAAUCUCUCCACUGCUCUGACCGUAGGAAGAGUUACUCAAUAUCAGGUUCACUGAAAGUGCACCAGAGAUUUCACACAGUAGAGACAUCUCACUGCUGCUCUGACUGUUGGAAGAGAUUCACCUCUUCAGCAGAGCUCAAAAGACAUCAGAGAAUCCAUACAGGAGAGAAACGUAAUAGUUGUGAUCAAUGUGGGAAGAGUUUUAAUGCUCCAAGCAGCCUGAAAACACACCAGAGAAUACACACAGGAAAGAAACCUUAUAGCUGCUCUGACUGUGGGAAGACCUUUUCAAAACUAUAUACAUUACAAUUACACCAGAGAAUUCACACUGGAGAGAAACCCCAUAGCUGUGAUCAAUGUGGGAAGAGUUUUACAACAUCUAGUCAUCUGACUAUUCACCAGAGACACACAGGAGAGAAACCUUAUAGCUGUGAUCAAUGUGGGAAGACAUUUUCCAAAUUAUAUACAUUACAAUCACACCAGAGAAUUCACACUGGAGAGAAACCUCAUAGCUGUGAUCAAUGUGGGAAGAGUUUUACUACAUCAAGCAAUCUGACUAUUCACCAGAGAACACACACAGGAGAGAAACCUCAUGGCUGUAGUCAAUGUGGGAAGAGUUUUACUACAUCUAGCAUUCUGACUAUUCACCAGAGAACACACACAGGAGAGAAACCUUAUAGCUGUAAUCAAUGUGGGAAGAGUUUUGUUACAUCCAGCAAUCUGACUAUUCACCAGAGAACACACACAGGCGAGAAACCAUAUAGCUGUAAUCAAUGUGGAAAGUGUUUUGCUCAUGCAGGCAACCUGGUAGCACACCUGAGAAUACACACUGGAGAGAAACCUUAUAGCUGUGAUCAAUGUGGGAAGGGUUUUACUUCAUCUAGCCAUCUGACUACACACCAGGGAACACACAGGAGAGAAACCUCAUAGCUGUCAUCAAUGUUGGAAGAGAUACUCUGACAAAAGAUCUGUGAUUUAAACAUCAGAAAAUACAUGAAGGAGUUGUUUCAGGAUAUCAAUGAAUUAAUGUCACAAUGUAGAAUGUUUUAACAUUGUAGUAGGAGUAUAUUAAUGAUGUCAUAAUGUAGAAUGUUUUAACAUUGUAGUAGGAGUAUAUUAAUGAUGUCACAAUGUAGAAUGUUUUAACAUUGUAGUAGGAGUAUGUUAAUGAUGUCACAAUGUAGAAUGUUUUAACAUUGUAGUAGGAGUAUAUUAAUGAUGUCAUAAUGUAGAAUGUUUUAAAAUCACAGGAGUAUUUGAAUUAAUAUGACAAUGUACAAUGUUUUUAACAUUGUAGUAAUGUAACCUUUAUUUAAGUCAGUUAAGAACAAAGUCUUAUUUACAAUGGUAAAAUGUCAUUAAAAAGACGUUGACAAGAAGACCAGACUAGACAUCCAUCAUGGUCGGUUUUGGUUGAAAGUGAAAGUUGAAAAGACAUCUUCUU